AUCACACACAAACUUACUUCCAUGAAGACCGACCGUGUGCCUGACAGGAGACAUCCCGAAAAGAAAAACCAGCCUGUCCAAAGCAACCAAAAUGUAUCCUGAGGAAACCAAAACCAAGAUAUGUGUUACUCUCUCCAAAUCCUUUCAUCCCAUUCCCCCUGUUCCCCCCCUCCUGUUACCAGGGGAGCACUUCACCAAAAAAUAAAACGGCAGCCCUCUGUUUGGCAGCCUGUUUGUCUGAGCACGAGGGAGCCUCUGGGCAGAGUCACACGCGUUCCUCCAAGGAUUUAUUACCUGCAAACGUCAAAGGCAGCGGUCAGUUAUCAUCAGGCGUUGACACGGAGGAGCUGAGCGAAGAGCAGCAGAGAUCGCGAGUAGCCAUUGAGAAAUUUCUGAACACAGAGAACACCCAGAGAGAUCAAGAUGUGGAGAUCCAAAGUCUCAGACCAGACAGCGGCGGGGCAGGUGGCAGUCAAAAAGCAGUCCAAAGUUCCUGGGGUCAUGAUCACUCAGUUUGUGGAAGAACUCCCGGCUGGAAAAUCUACUCCAGACUUCCUGCGCAAGCCCAUUGCUUUGACUAUUCAAGAGGGUAAAUCAGCCCAAUUCAAAGCCGUGGUGAGCGGCGAUCCUAAACCAGAGGUAGUCUGGAAAAGAGCCAAAGGGGAAAUAAAUGAUGAUACGAAAUUCCAUACAAAAUAUGAUGAGGGCGCUGAGGAAUACAUAUUAGAGAUCACUUCUGUGACUGGAAAAGAAGGAGAUAUCUACAAAUGUUUUGCCGUUAAUGAGUUUGGAAAGGCUGUCUGCACUGCUGCCCUGAACGUUAUUGAAGUUGGAUUCAAUAAGGAAAAGGCAAUGGAAGGACCAGGGCUCUCAGCUGAUCCGGCAGAGUUCCGAAAAAUGCUCAGAAAAAGUGCCGGACGUGUGGACAAAGUGGAAAAAGAAAAGAAGGACGAUGAGAUACCUGACAAGUUCUGGGAGAUCUUGCUGAGCUCAGAAAGGAAGGACUACGAGCGCAUAUGUGCUGAGUAUGGAGUGAAAGAUUUCCGCUGGAUGCUGAAGAAGCUGAACAUCCUGAAAAAGGAGAGGGAGGAGGAGCAAUCCCUGUAUCUUAAUGUGAUCAGUAACCUGAGACACAUUGAAGUUAAAGGAGAUUCUUGUGCUUCAUUUGAAAUGGUCCUGGAUCUCAAAGACCCAAGGAGUAGGAUUUUCCUCUACAAGGAUGGUAUAAUGAUACCAUUCAGCGAAGAUAUGGAGAUGAAGCACCACCUAAAAAAAAUAGGCAAGAAAUUGGUUUUCACCAUCAAAGACCUACUUCCUGAAGAUGCUGGGCUGUACCAGGUGGAUGUCGAGGAGGUCAAUGUGUUCUCCACUGAUUUCAAAAUUCCCAUGGUUGACUUCGUUGUCAAAAUUAAGGAGGUGAAAGCCAAGGAGAGGGAGGACGCCAUAUUUGAAUGUGUCUUGUCUCACCCAUUUUCCAAAAUACUGUGGAAGGGCAAGAACAGUCCACUGGAAGCUGGGGAGAAGUUUGAAAUAACAGUAUCUGCGGACAAGCUCAUCCACAGGCUUCGGGUUAAAGAUUGCAAGCAAGUGGACAAGGGCAUCUAUUCAGCUGUGGCAGGAAUCAAAUCCUGCAGUGCCUGGCUUACAGUAGAGGCUGACAUUGGACCACACAAGAAGAAGGUACGGAAGACCACCCAGGCGGGUGGGGCUGGGGUGGACCUGGACAAGAUGGCCCAGGAACAACAGGCCAAACUGCAAAAGGAGAAGGAUGACAAGCUAGAAGCAAUGAGGAAAGAGGCGGAGGGCAAAGACACUGGAAACAUGAUGAAUGGGCUGGAUAACGGUUCCGGGGUCAAUUCGGGUCUGGGUGACGGAUUGGACGGAUUGGAUGGAUUGGAUGGCGGCCUGGGACGGAAGAAAGGCGAUGGGAUGGAUAGCGGGUCAGGAGGCAUUGGAGAUGGAGGUUUGGGAGGUGACAAGUCUGGAGACAUCAAAGAACCAAAUGCACUAAAUGGACAAACAGGAAAUGGAGGGCUUGUCGACCGUAAAGGGUGCGGACGCCUGCUCCCGAACAGGGUCGUCGGACAAAGAAAUAUUGAUGCUGCAACUGCAGAUUCAGACCUGGAAAAUGAUAAAGAAAGCAGGCAAGUAAGCCACAAAGAAAAUGAGCAAGGAAAGGGGCAAGGAAACAAGCAAGAAAAUGUGCAAGGAAAGGGGCAAGGAAACAAGCAAGAAAAUGUGCAAGGAAACAGGCGAGAAAAUGGACAGCAAUCUUCUGGAAGUGGUGACUGGCCUGCCGAGCACGCAAGGCAAGGCCCACUGCUUUUGGACGAAGUCAUUGAUUCAGGGGUUCAGUUCAUCAGUGGGCUGUCUGACAUUAAUGCCAAGGCUGGCCAACCAGUUGAGCUGGUCUGCAAGUUGAACAAUGAAAACUGCAAUGGAGCAUGGUUCAAAGAUGGUAAUACGUUAUCACCUGGAGAUGGACUGAGCCUUUCUAAAGAUGGGGCUGCCCACAAACUGAAGAUUGACAGUUGCCGGCCAGAUGAUACAGGAAAAUACUGCUUUGAAGCAGAUGGACGCAAAACAGAAGCAAUGAUCACUGUGGAAGAUCCAGGGGUUCAGUUCAUCAGUGGGCUGUCUGACAUUAAUGCUAAGGCUGGCCAGCCAGCUGAGCUGGUCUGCAAGUUGAACAAUGAAAACAGUAAUGGAGAAUGGUUCAAAGAUGGGAAAAAGUUAUCACCAAGAGAUGGACUGAGCCUUUCUAAAGAUGGGGCCUCCCACAAGCUGAAGAUUGACAGUUGCCGGGCGGAUGAUACAGGAAAAUACUGCUUUGAAGCAGAAGGGCGCAAAACUGAAGCAAAGAUCACAGUGGAAGAUCCUCGAGAUCAGUUCAUCAUUGGGCUGUCUGACAUCUGUGCAAAGGCUGGCCAACCAGCUGAGCUGGUCUGCAAGUUGAAGGAAAACUGUAAUGGUGCAUGGUUCAAAGAUGGGAAAAAGUUAUCACCAAGAGAUGGACUGAGCCUUUCUAAAGAUGGGGCCUCCCACAAACUGAAAAUCAAGAGUUGCCGAGCUGAUGACACAGGAAAAUACAGCUUUGAAGCAGGAGGGCACAAAACUGAAGCAGUGAUCACUGUGGAAGAUCCUGAGGAUCCGUUCAUCAUUGGGCUGUCUGACAUCCGUGCAAAGGCUGGGCAACCAGCUCAGCUGGUCUGCAAGUUGAAGGAAAACUGUGAUGGAGAAUGGUUCAAAGAUGGGAAAAAGUUAUCACCGAGAGAUGGACUGAGCCUUUCUAAAGAUGGGGCCUCCCACAAGCUGAAGAUUGACAGUUGCCAGGCGGAUGAUACAGGAAAAUACUGCUUUGAAGCAGAAGGAUGCAAGACAGAAGCAAAAAUAACUGUAGAAGAUCCGGGGGUUCAGUUUGUCAACGGGCUGUCCGACAUUAAUGCUAAGGCUGGCCAACCAGCUGAGCUGGUCUGCAAGUUGAACAAGGAAAACUGCAAUGGAGCAUGGUUCAAAGAUGGGAAAAGGUUAUUACCAAGAGAUGGACUGAGCCUUUCUAAAGAUGGGGCCUGCCAAAAACUGAAGAUCGACAGUUGUUGUGCGGAUGAUACAGGAAAUUACCGCUUUGAGGCAGAACGAUGCAAAACUGAAGCGAUGAUCAUUGUGGAAGAUGCUGGGGUUCAGUUCAUCAGAGGGCUGUCUGACCUGAAUGCCAAGACUGGCCAACCGGCUGAGCUGGUCUGCAAGUUGAACAAUGAAAAUUGCAAUGGUACAUGGUUCAAAGAUGGGAAUAAGUUAUCACCAAGAGAUGGACUGAGCCUUUCUAAAGAUGGGGCCUCCCACAAACUGAAGAUCGACAGUUGCCAGGCGAAUGAUACAGGAAAAUACUGCUUUGAAACAGAAGGACGCAAAACAGAAGCAAUGAUCACUGUGGAAGGUCCUGGGGUAGAGGUCAUCAGCGGACUGUCUGACAUUAAAGCUAAGGCUGGCCAACCAGCUGAGCUGGUCUGCAAGUUGAGCGAUGAAAACAGUAAUGGAGUAUGGUUCAAAGAUGGGAAAAAGUUAUCACAAAGAGAUGGACUGAGCCUUUCUAAAGACGGGGCCUCCCACAAACUGAAGAUUGACAGUUGCCAAGCGGAUGAUACAGGAAAAUAUCGCUUUGAAGCAGAUGGACGCAAAACAGAAGCAAUACUCAUUGUGGAAGAUCCACCGAGAUUUAGCCAAGAUGCCUUGGACACAUUCUCCAAGCCUGUCAUUGUGAAGGUGGGGCAAAAUGCCGCCUUCAAGAUGCCGUUCGUGGGUGGAGAGCCCACGAAGGUGCAGUGGUACAAAGAAGGGGAGGAGCUACUGGACAACGCCAACGUCAAGCUGGAGAUAAUGUCCGCUCACAGCCGUCUGCUCCUCAGCUCAUGCCAGCGCAAAGACACCGGCGAGAUCAAGAUCAAGGUGAAGAACGACUUUGGCACCAUCGAGGCUGUGUCUAAGCUCGUUGUCCUUGACAAGCCCAGCCCACCCCUGGGCCCGGUAGAGGUGGUGGAGAACUCGGCCUCAUGCAUUAAUAUGAAAUGGAGACCACCCAAGGACGACGGAGGCUCCCAGCUGCAGGAAUAUGCCCUGGAACGGCAACAGGUGGGCCGCAACACCUGGACCAAGCUGGGCCAGAUCCCGUCCGCCACGGCGGCCUACAAGGACACCAACGUGGAGCACGGCAGGAAGUACUGCUAUCGCAUCAGGGCUGUGAACGAGGAGGGCGUGAGUGAGCCAAUGGAGACCGAGGACAUCAUGGCUGGCAUUAAGGCAUACCCAGGUCCACCUGCCUCACCAAAAGUGGUCAGUGCCUUCAAUGACUGUAUUAAUCUGACCUGGGCUGCUCCAGCCAAGACUGGAGGGUCACCCAUUCUGGGCUACUAUCUGGAGAAACGGAAGAGGGGCAGUAACAUGUGGAGUCCCGUGAACCCUGAGGAUGAGCCUAUCCAAGAUAAGAAAUACACAGUGAAAGAUGUCAUCGUGGGAAUGGCGUAUGAAUUCCGUGUGUCAGCGAUUAAUGUUUCUGGGGUGGGCGAGCCAAGCAUACCAUCAGAUUUUGUGAUUGCCAGAGACCCAAAGCAGCCCCCUGGCAGAGUCACCGACCUGAAGGUGACAGAUUCCACCUACACCACCCUGACCCUGGCCUGGACUAAACCAACAGAGGAGAAAGGGGUCCAGGAUGAGGCCAAAGGAUACUUUGUGGAGAUCAGGCCAGCGGAGAGCCAGGACUGGAUUCGCUGCAAUGCGAUCCCCAUAAUCAUGACCACCUUCACUGUGAAGAACCUUAAAUCCAUGGCUAUAUACUGGGUGAGAGUGACCGCCACAAACGACGGUGGAGAUGGGGUACCCCAAGAUCUGGACAACUACGUCACUGCCAUGCCCCCUCCUGUGAGACCAAGAUUCACAGAUACCAAGCUGAAGAGUUUUAUGGUGGUAAGAGCAGGAAACACGGUGCGGAUCAAUGUCAACUUUCAGGCCUCUCCCUGGCCAGACGUUGUUUGGCUGAAGGAUAAUAUGUCCGUCCCUAAACGGGUCACCAUUAGCAACACUGAGGGGAUGUCCCAGCUUCUGAUUCCCUCUUCAGAGCGCAGCGACACAGGGGUCUAUACCAUCAUCCUCAAGAACAUGGUUGGCCAGGAGACCUUCAGUGUUGAGAUCAGAGUCACAGAUGACCCCAAGCCACCGGGUCCCGUGGAGCUGCAGGAGAACGUUCCCGGGACAGUGACGGUGGCCUGGGAGCCGUCCCCGGACGAGAAGCGCGACGACAGGCUGCACUACAUGGUCUCCAAGCGGGACUCCACCAAGCAAACCUGGAACACAGUGGCUGACCGCCUCUUCAACAACAAGUUCACCGCCUGCAACAUCGUGCCCGGCCACGAGUACCACUUCCGCGUGUACGCCAAGAACGACAUAGGCAUGUCAGAGCCCUCCGAGUCUCCCACCUGGGGAACCACCCGGAUAAGAGAAAAAUUUGUGGUGAACACGCCCGAGUUCAGACCCUGCAACUUGGAGAGCGCGCCCGCGUUCCUGGUGCCCCUGAAGCUGCACAUGGCUCCCAAGGGCUACGAGUGCUACAUGAGCUGCGCGGUGACGGGGAACCCGCGGCCACACGUCACCUGGUACCACAACAACCUCAGCCUCAACACCAACACCAACUACUACAUCUCCAACACCUGCGGCGUCUGCUCCAUGCUCAUCCUCAGGGUGGGGCCCAACGACCACGGCGAGUACUCCGUCAUGGCCGAGAACUCGCUGGGGAGGGCCGAGUGCUCCACCAAACUCACCGUCCGAGAAUAAGAAGCACCAAGGACAUGAUAUCAUCAGUCCCUUCACUGAGGUUUUCCCAGAAUUACUGUUAUUCGUUGUGUUCACAUAAUAGUACCAUAUUGUGUAUAUUUUUGUUUAACAAAAUGGUUACAAUGACUUUUUGUGUAGUAACAUUUUUUAAACAUUUUAACAUGUUUUAAAGACUCAUUAUACACUGAGCUGGCAAGAUCCUAUACGUACAAAAAUAUAGAAUGGAAUUUUAUCAGAAUUAAGGAUGAAAUUGCAUUAAGACUAGGUUAGCCCCCACUUUCCAGCUAUGUCAGACUUGUAUGUAAUUAAACUGGCUGAAUCCAGCAGGCCAAUCACUGGUAACCUAGUAACUCAGCAGCCCCCAUGAUCUUCAGAGAGAAGCCUUCUGGUUAGGUCAUGUUUCACAGUGUUUCAAUCUAAGAAGGGCCUUUCCUAAAGCACAUAUUCUCCAAGGGAAAAACACUGAUUAAAUAAAAAAUGAAAAUUAAACAAAUUGCAUAUUCAUAUUCCAAGUUACCGUUUUCCUCCUAGAAGACCAUUGGUGUGUUGUUUCCAUUGUUUUCUGAAUUGACGUGGUGCCAGAUUCAGUUUGUGAUAUCUUAGUUAUCAGGGGGUUUGGGACUGCAUGUAAAGCACUAAGCAGCCUCUUGCACUUGCUGUGUGGCUUCAUGUCUUUGUUUGAAGAUUCCUCAUUUAACAAAUCCCUAGUUUCUGCUUUCCACGACUUGUUCAGACCCCCUGCAGUCUCCUGAUUUACAGCUUCUCUGGUGUGGACUGUGAGAGCUCUUUUUAUGUGUUUGUUUCAAAGCGAUGGCAUUUGCACAUAUUACAUAUCGAGUUGAAAUUGUUCUGCUUGUUUAUGAAUGCACACAAUCAUGCCAGCCAUCAAGACGUUCCAAUCAAAAUAAUGAGCAUGUAAUGCUGUUUUAAGCACUAAUGAUGGGGAGGCAUACAUGGCUUUUAUAAACUAGUGAUUUGCAUUGCUAGUGUUUGGUAUAAAUAGUUUUGAAUGGAUUGGUUCAGAUGUAAAGCAAGUUUUAUAUUUUUUAAAAACAUGCUAGUGUAUACAGAGAUCUAAAUGUAUCUUCUGUUUAAGUUCAGGAAUGAAUUGUGUAUGAGUGUAUUUGUUUAAUAAUAAACUGUAAUUUAUUCAAUAUAAUAAAUGAAGAAUUAAUUAAAAGCAA